AUGUCUCAAUCCCACAUCGUCUCCGCAGUCUUCCUCCUCCUCAUCCUCCUCCCAUGUUUCCACUCAGCUCGACUACUCAACGACUUCCCCUCCGCCGCCACCCACCUCGCGCUUCCCACCGAUGAACUCCACCUUCCACCGGAGAAACACUCCGGCGCUCUUCCAUGUGAGAUGGGGCCGAACAACAAGUACCCGGGACCUCAUAGGCUCCCAAGAAAGUACCGGCCGCUGUAUCUGAACCAUGUUCUCCCAAGGGCACCACGCCGCCGUCGGGACCCAGCAAAGGAAUCAACGACUAUUGUCGAGAAGAAGAACGAAGAAACCACAAAUGGUGAAGGGUUCUGUCCAUCUGCUGCUCUUCCUCUAUCUUUCUGCAAUUUCUGUGGGAAUUGCGGGAGGAUUGUGCCUCUCCAUGAGCCUUUUGAUAAAUCCACUUCCUCCAGAUCAUUCAGCCCCAUUUUUGAUAAUUCUAAGUAUGGUAUACUGCAGCUCAACAAUGUGGCUCGAACUCCUCAGAUGGGAUGGAACAGCUGGAAUUUCUUUGCCUGCAAUAUCGAUGAGACAGUUAUCAAAGAAACCGCUGAUGCUCUUGUCUCAACUGGCUUGGCUGAUUUAGGAUAUGUCUAUGUCAAUAUAGAUGAUUGCUGGUCUUCCUUGGAGCGAGAUUCUAAGGGUCAAUUAGUCCCGGAUCCAAAGACUUUUCCAUCAGGUAUUAAAGCUCUUGCUGAUUAUGUACAUGCGAAGGGCCUCAAGCUUGGUAUUUAUUCUGAUGCUGGGAUUUUUACAUGUCAAGUUCGACCUGGAUCAAUAUUUCAUGAAAGGGAUGACGCAGAGCUGUUUGCCUCAUGGGGUGUGGAUUAUUUGAAGUAUGAUAACUGUUACAAUCUGGGCAUCGAACCAGAAGAACGGUAUCCACCAAUGCGUAAUGCUCUAAAUGCAACUGGGCGCACAAUAUUCUAUUCGCUUUGUGAAUGGGGUGUAGAUGACCCUGCCUUAUGGGCAGGCAAAGUUGGAAAUAGUUGGCGAACAACAGAUGAUAUCAAUGAUUCCUGGGCAAGCAUGACUACAAUUGCUGAUCUGAAUGACAAGUGGGCAGCCUAUGCGGGACCUGGUGGAUGGAAUGAUCCUGAUAUGUUGGAAGUUGGCAAUGGGGGCAUGACCCUUGAGGAAUACCGUGCACAUUUCAGUAUCUGGGCUUUAAUGAAGGCUCCUCUUUUGGUCGGUUGUGAUGUAAGAAACAUAACUGCAGAAACUUUCGAGAUUAUAGGCAAUAAGGAGGUCAUUGAUAUAAACCAAGAUUCACUCGGCAUUCAAGGAAGGAAAGUUCAUGUUUCUGGAAAAGAUGGUUGUUGUCAGGUUUGGGCUGGUCCUUUAUCCGGGCAUCGCUUGGUUGUGGCUCUCUGGAACCGAUGUUCAAAGGCUGCAACUAUUACAGUUGGGUGGGAAGUUCUCGGACUGGAAUCCUCCAUGAGUGUCUCCAUCAGAGAUUUGUGGAAGCAUGAGGAUCUUUCUGGAGAUUCAGUAGCAUCAUUUGGCUCUGUGGUUGCUUCUCAUGACUGUGGGAUGUACAUUUUCACUCCUGUCUCGGCUUCUCGGUCUGCAGUUUAGUCCAUACACAGAAGAUCUGGUCCCUGCUUUGAAGGGAUGAUAUAAACACCAAACCAGUUCCACUUCUAAAUGCUUUGGAGAUGUUGUAAGAAUUAGUAUCAUGAAUAUAAUACGUCUAUAAGCUCUUAUUGGAGGUGAAGAACUUAGCAACCACUGUAUAUAAAAUAUAACUUGAUGUAAAUAUUCCGGUUGUGGAUGGCUGCAGAUAUGGAUUGAUGUUUCCACCA